AUGAAAGCCCACCUGCCACGACUGAACGAGCUCCGAAAAGUACUGUCAUCGGCAGUAAAUAAGCCGCAUCCAGGUAUCAGGCCAGAUUCCUCACGCCCGACGGAAUCGGAUCCGCCCGACGACUGGAGACCGAACUCCCAGGCCGUCUUGGACGAGCGUAUGCUAACCGAGGAAAACGACGAAAGUGAGAGAGAUGGCGCACAGGAGGUCGACAGCGUGGUCACAAUUGGGCCUCCUGAGAGUCCACCUGACGUGGCGAAUAGAAAGAUUCUCAUGUCGUUGAUCUGCGAUCUCGAAACCAGAGUCCGAAAGCUGGAGGAACAAGUGGAGGAUCAAAACCAGGAAAAUCACCGCCUGCACAGGAGAGUGAGCAGCGCCUAUGAGAGUGUCCCGACCUCUCACACCAAAUUCCGUCGCUCAGCUCGGUACAAGGAGAUGGAGUCGGAAUGA